AUGGCGAGAAGGAAGAAAAUUGUGCAGAAGCUUGCUAGAGUGCUUGAUCCGGAGCUCCCUUCAACCAAUGCUCAAAGUGUAGAGGAUGAACGAACGAAAUUGGAGGUAGAAGUGUCUGAGACGAUGAGUGAGAAACCAUUGCCCCUGGAACCAGAGAUUCUCGUUGAUACUGCUGAGAAAUCUCGUUCUGCUUCCUGGGCAGCUGAAGUAGAAGGGCAGUCUUUCCAAGAGUCGGCUAAAGAAAAUUGGUCUAAGUUUAAGGAAUCCCUCCCUAAUUUUGGAUAUACAAAGCUUCAUUUCCAGGACCCGAUCCAUCGAGAUGGUAAGCUAGUAGCUCAAUUGGAUGUUGAAGAGAUUAAAGUAGAGGCAUCUUUCUGGAAAUCUCCCCUGAUUUGCAUGGUUAUUGGUAGGGGUGCACAUUUAACCCGCAAAACCCGAAAACCCGCAAAACCCGUCCGACCCGAACCCGGAGAACCCGCUUUUUUCGAAAAAGCUGACAAAAUCGGGUUUAACCCGACCCGAACCCGAAAAAAUCGGGUCGGAUUCGGGGAUAUGGUGCUUGAAUCUGGAAUGAUUCAUUUUGACAAGAAGCCAGUAAUUCUCAGACCUUGGUCAUCAGAUGUCGAGUCUAUAAGGUCAGUAAAAUCUGUCCCUGUUUGGAUCCGAUUACCUGGUCUUGGGCUACAAUAUUGGGGUGUUAACUGUUUGAGUGCUCUAGUUAGCACGAUUGGCACUCCUAUCAUGGUGGAUAAGGUCACAAAAGCAAGGACUAUGAUCAAAUUUGCUAGAAUCUUAGUUGAUAUGGAAAUUGCAGAAAAUCUCCCUAUGCAUAUCCACUAUCUAAAUGAGAGAGGUCAGAUUUUGGAGCAACCUAUCAAGUAUGAGUGGUUACCCACUAAGUGUUCCAGUUGUAAGAAGUUGGGUCAUGCUACUAAUGUCUGCAAGCAUGCCCCAUCUGCUAUAAAGAAGAAUACAGAGUCUUCAAACCAGGCUAUCCCAGUUGUUAAGACAGCAAGUGAAUCUGCUACUAAUAUUCAAAAUAAUAGCUCCCAGAAUAAACAAGAACCUCUUGAGGUCACUAAGCAGGAUGAAGUUUUAACAGUUCCUAGUGGUUCUAAAUGGUUUACUCCUCGAAAGGUUGGGAUGAAGAAAUCUGUGGAUAAACCACAACUUGAUAUGCAUAGGAAUACUUUCAGCAUUUUACAGCAAGCAGUUCUUGAUGUUUGCAGGAAGAAUAAAGUUGGUCUUGGAGCUCUGAUUGAAACAAAAUUAAAAGGGGACAGAAUAAGGGAUCUUAUGAACUCAUCAUUUGUUGGCUGGAAGUUUUAUAGUAGUUCUAUGGUGGAGGGGCGUAUUUUGCUUAUUUGGAAAGCCCACUUGAUGAAGAUAGAAAUUAUUCAGGAAACUACUCAGUUGCUCCAUUGUAGAGUUACUUUAAUUGGUGUGAACUUGGCUUAUUGCCUAUCAGUUGUCUAUGGUUCUAAUCAACUGGAGACAAGGAAACUUUUAUGGUCAGACUUAGCUAAUGUCCAGAGACCGGUUACCCUUUGGAUUAUUAUGGGAGAUUUUAAUGCUGUCUUCUAUGUUGAUGAUCAGCUUGGUGGAAGGUCUAUUUCUAUUAAAGAGAUGGAGGAUGCUCGUCAAUGGUUGGCUUUGGGAGAGGCUACAGAAAUGAAGACUUUAGCCCCUAAAUUUACUUGGAAUAAUAAACAAGAUGGAGGAACUAGAAUUUUUUCCAAAUUGGAUAGAGUGUUCACCAAUGAUAGCUGGAUUGAUAGCUUCCCGUUAGUUGUAACAUAUGCUCAAUGGGAUGUGGUUUCUGACCAUUGCUACUUGUUAAUUAAACAGGGGGAUUUCUGUAGUUUGGGAGUGAAGCCAUUUCGGUUCUUCAACAUGUGGGCAGUUCAUGAUAACUUCAGGGAAGUUGUUCUUCAUAAUUGGUCUAUUCCUUUUGAGGGGCAAGGGUUGUUUCGUCUUAUUGGUAAACUCACAAGACUUAAGCAUGUUCUCAAAAAGUUCAAUUGGAGAACUAUGGGUGAUGUUUCUUGUAAUUAUGAGGAGAGCAAAUCUAAGUACCAACUGGCCCAAAAUGCUCUCUGUUAUGACCCUUUAAAUGCAGAUUUACAGUCAAAAGAAAAGGAUGCUCAGCAGAUUUACUUCAGGCAUGAAAAGAUUUAUUCUAGUUAUCUUCGUCAAAAAAGCAAGAUAACUUGGCUAAGGCUUGGAGAUGAAAAUUCAUCAUUUUUUCAUGCUAGUUUGAAAAAGAGGCAGUUAUCCAAUUGCAUAAUUUCUUAUAUUGAUGCUAAUGGUUGUUUUGUGGAUAAUUAUGCCAAGGUUGUUGAUCAUUAUGUUCACCACUUUAAGAAUCACUUGGGCAAUGCUAGCAAGGCCAUGGGUCAGAUUGAUCCUGAUUGUAUCAUGAAGUUCGCUCAGCCAUGUUCAGUAUCAAUUCAGUCAAAAGUCCUGGCUCGGAUGGUUAUGGAGCGGGAUUCUUCAAAGUUCUAUGGAAAGAUAUAG